UUCCAUUCCGUUUUCCAUUCAUUCCUUUCAUGUGAGCUACGACCUCGUGCUGUGCCUUUGCCCAACCAGUCUUGCUUGCCUCUCUGCCUCUGCCACCGGCAAAAGCAAACCAAAGCAAUUGCCCGUCCCCGUCCACCACAAACGCACUGUACUUCUGGACGCUCCACUGCGCCGACCAGCCGCGAGCCGAUCUCGCCCCCCCUCCCACCUCAAGCCAAGCAGAAAGAACGACGACGAAACGUCUGCGCUUCCUUUGGCUUCCCCUCGGCACCGUGACCCUUCCUCGGCUGCAUCAGUAGGGCUUGCUCGCACCACACCCGCCACCACUCACAAGGCCCAGGCCGUUGCCCCGAGGGUGAGGUGACACUGUCCCUUGGUGCUGCUGCUGUGCCUGCUGCUGUGCCGCUUCGACUACCGCUAUUUUUCUGCUGCUGCACGUCUCCGCCCCCCAGCCAGGCCGCGCAUCAUCGGCCCGCCAAGACGCAAUCUUGCAGCAAAACCCCCGCAGCGACCGGCCGCCUGGUAGGGAGGGAACCAGUCAGCCAUCCAUCCAAUUCAGCCUGCAGCCGAUACGUCAUUACAAUCGAACCACCACAGGCUCCUUGCUCUCUGGCAUCGCGACAACUGCUGCCGAGCGGUGCUUCCGUCGAGUUGUUCCUCGCGAACUCGGCCCUGGAACGCUUCUCCACUGGAUACGCGCUGCGGCAUACCAGACCAUGCAGCAAUCGACCAGUCUGCCUUACAAUUGACAACGUACGAGUAUGAAAUACGGCCAGCAAUUGCAACAGGAAUCGGUUCCAGAAUGGAGCUUGCACAACCUCGACUACAACUCUCUCAAGCAUGAGAUCAAGGUCCACACGACGCGCGACCAGGCCUCGGCCAUGGCUAUCCCCGGCCACCAGGACCCCGCGCUGCGCAAGUUCGAGGACGAGCUCUUCGACGAGCUCGGCAUGCAGCACGAUCGCGUCGACAUGUUUGUCAUGAGCAAGGCCGACGAGAUUUCGAGGCGGCUGGAACACCUCAAUGCUAGCAUCCAGCGUUGCAUCGCAAAGCACUCCGCCGCCGCCCACGACCAGUCCUUCUCGCUCAAGCGCCAGCGACGGUUUGCCAAGUACGAGAGAGAGCUGAUGCGGUGCGGCGACGACAUCCACGCACUGUCGCGGUUCGCCAACGCCCAGAUUGUUGCCUUUCGGAAAAUUCUCAAAAAAUACAGGAAAUGGACAGGUUCCACCACCCUGACUUCGCGCUUUAAUGACACCGUCUUGGGGAAUCCUAAAAGCUUCACUAGACGCGACUUCACAUCCCUUCACACGCGCUAUGACGAGAUCCUCUCGGAGCUGCGAUCCGCGGCGCCGACCCUUAGCGACCCUGGCUCGCCGUCGUCGGAUGAGCAGCCGCUGCCCGAGCCCACGAGACCCAGAACGACUCGAGUCAACUUCGACGCCCUGCCUCCCUCUCGGACGAGCUCUCAGGUCAAGUACUGGAACGAGUACGACGACGGGAGUGACGCUGGGGGCGCCGAAGACGGCUAUGCCAUAUACAUCAAUCCCGAAGAGGAUACGGGCUUCCCGGGCAUGGCUUACGUGCAGGCUAUCAUAUCAAUGCCCUACGAAAAAGCGAAGCAGUGGUUCGGGCACAGGCAUGGCGGGGAGAGGCAGUCACUUCUCUCGGCCGAGAGCACCAGCCAGAGCUACUCUUCGACGGCAGUCGACUCGGAAGAGGAGGGCUACGCCAGCUCAGACGGUUUCCCUUACCAGGGGUACGCGACGCAUUAUGCCCUGCCCAGCAUCAGCGAACAAAAGGCCGUCAGGUACAGGGAAAGGGCCCUGCUGUGGGGCACGGUAGGCUGCUUCAUCGCGUCCUUUGUCCUGCUAGGCAUCGCAGGCAUUCUCAUCUCGACGGGCAAGCGGAAGCUCCGAGUCGAGGUGGACGCCGGCGUCACGGUGGGCGUCAUGGUCAGCCUGUUCUGCGCCUGCACCGGUCUCGGCAUGACGCUCUACCGCCAGGACCGGCUCACGCUGGUGCACCGGCUGGCGGUGUGGAGCGGUUUCGUGGUCUCGUGCCUGCUCAAUGGCAUGCUUCUGGUAUUGGUGCUGGGCAACACGCCCUGAAGGUUGGACAUGUUUGUACGCGUCGGAUAUGCUCAUGACUUAGCGACGGUGGGCUGCUUUUUUGUUACGCUCGUUUCACGAUCGUUUUUGGGGUCGGCUAUUUGCUGUUGGGAUAUGCGCGUGGAUGGCGUAGGACGUGAAUAAUGAUGCGGACAAUGACGGCUUCACGGACGAAUGGGGAGGGGAGAGGGCGGUUGGCGGUUGGAUACGGAAGCAUGAAGUAGACUGGUAAAGGAAGACCUCGCGGUACAUGGGCAUUUGGGCGGCGCCAACCACUGGCCCAGACUGUAGAUUGUAGCAGAUAUACCUUUUUCGUAGAAGGUUGUG